AUGCCUGGUAAAGAAACUAGUUCUAUUCAUAUCAGUUUCUGUAAAUUCUUUUCCCGUGUUUUUGUUUAUUAUAGGUACCGUGAUUUUCGUGACAAAGAAGGUCGUUUAACAGCGUUUUAUUGGCAUUUAUUGGCAUCGAAGUUAUGCUUUGUCAUUGUAUUUGAACAUUUUGUAUUUGCGACACACAGGCUCAUUGACUUCUUGGUUCCAGAUAUACCUAAAGAAUUAGAUAUAGCUAUUAAGAAAGAAGCUUAUCAAGCUAAAAAGCUAAUGUCGCACGAUAUCAGUUUAAUUGUCACUAAAUCAGAGGAUGAGAUAAGCGAACAAAACUUGAAAAUUAAAUGACGAUGGAGUUUCUUUUGCAACCUAUUUUUUUCUUUACAAUUUUAUGUAGGUUAUCAUUUAUCAAACUUUAAGUAGGCUUCUUGCAA